AGUGCGUCUCACCCCUGGCGACCCCGGAAGUGGGUCGGGGGCUUGGCCUCUGCCCGGCCGCAGAGCUGGGGCCGGAGGUGCUAGCCCGUCCCGCGGUAAACCCCGGGCAAAGCCCGGGGCACGGGUUUCAAGAUGCUGAACGUCCCUUCCCAGUCUUUCCCGGCCCCCAGGUCUCAGCAGCGUGUCGCCGCCGGGGGGCGUAGCAAGGUACCUUUAAAACAAGGCAGAAGCCUUAUGGAUUGGAUUCGAUUGACCAAAAGUGGAAAGGAUCUAACAGGAUUAAAAGGCAGGUUAAUUGAAGUAACUGAAGAAGAACUUAAAAAACACAACAAAAAAGACGAUUGUUGGAUAUGCAUAAGAGGUUUUGUUUAUAAUGUCAGCCCUUAUAUGGAGUAUCAUCCUGGCGGAGAAGAUGAACUAAUGAGAGCAGCAGGAUCAGAUGGCACUGAACUUUUUGAUCAGGUUCAUCGUUGGGUCAAUUAUGAAUCCAUGCUGAAAGAAUGCCUGGUUGGCAGAAUGGCAGUUAAACCUGCUGUUCUGAAAGACUAUCGUGAGGAGGAAAAGAAAGUCUUAAAUGUUAAAGGUGGCAUUAAGUAUGGAAUACAGCACUCCACAAGUGAUGUGUUUAGCCCUGUUACCUCUUGUAACCUGGACCCUGGACCCUAUAAGAUUGGAACACAUCUACAUAUAUAUAUUUUUAGCUGCCUUUUCCUUUGGGCUUAUUUAAGUCUAUGCGGCAUGCUUCCCAAGAGCCAGGUGACAGAUACACUUGCCAAAGAAGGUCCUAAUUAUCCAAGCUAUGAUUGGUUCCAAACAGACUCUUUAGUCACCAUUGCCAUAUAUACUAAACAGAAGGAUAUCAAUUUAGACUCAAUAAUAGUUGAUCGUCAGGAUGAUUCCUUUAGAGCAGAAACAAUUAUUAAGGAUUGUUUAUAUCUUAUACAUAUUGGGCUAAGCCGUGAGGUUCAGGAAGAUUUUUCUGUGCGGGUUAUUGAAAGUGUGGGAAAAAUAGAGAUUGUUCUAAAGAAAAAAGAGAAUACUUCUUGGAACUUUCUUGGCCAUCCCCUGGAGAAUCAUCAUUCACUUAUUCCAAGGAAAGAUACGGGUUUGUACUACAGAAAAUGCCAGUUAAUUUCCAAGGAAGAUGUUACUCAUGAUACGAGGCUUUUCUGUUUGAUGCUGCCACCAAGCACUCAUCUUCAAGUGCCCAUUGGGCAACAUGUUUACCUCAAGCUAUCUAUUACAGGUACAGAAAUAGUAAAGCCAUAUACACCUGUAUCUGGUUCCUUAUUCUCAGAGUUCAAGGAACCAGUUCUUCCCAACAAUAAAUACAUCUACUUUUUGAUAAAAAUCUAUCCCACUGGACUCUUCACACCAGAGCUUGAUCGUCUUCAGAUUGGAGAUUUUGUUUCUAUGAGCAGUCCUGAGGGCACUUUUAAAAUAUCCGAAUUUCAAGAAUUAGAGGAUCUCUUUUUGUUGGCAGCUGGAACAGGCUUCACACCAAUGGUUAAAAUACUGAAUUAUGCUUUGACAGAUAUACCCACUCUCAGGAAAGUGAAGCUGAUGUUCUUCAAUAAAACAGAGGAUGAUAUAAUUUGGAGAAGCCAAUUGGAGAAAUUAGCAUUUAAAGAUAAAAGACUGGAUGUUGAAUUUGUUCUCUCAGCACCUACUUCUGAAUGGAAUGGCAAACAGGGACAUAUUUCACCAGCUCUUCUUUCUGAAUUUUUGAAAAGAAAUUUGGACAAAUCCAGAGUUCUUGUCUGCAUUUGUGGACCAGUGCCAUUUACAGAACAAGGAAUAAGGUUGCUGCAUGAUCUCAACUUUUCCAAAAAUGAGAUCCAUAGUUUUACAGCAUAAUGAAGAGCUGUCAUUAUCCUUUAUUCUGCUAGUUUAUCUAAAUUUGUGAUUGCUUAGGGUUUUUUAAGAGAACAUUUUUGUACAUAAUAAAAGGUUAACUAGAAUCCAGGCUUCAGUUUCUUAAAUGAAAUCAAAUGUUCCUUAAGUACAGGUAACUUCUUGGCUUUUUUAUGUACCAUAACUUAUUUUACUACUAAUAUUUGACCUGGAAAGUUAAUCAUGGCAACAAAUACAUACAGGAUUCUUUGUUAUGAAUCACAAAUUUUCUUGCCAUAUAAAUUGUAUCACUGUUCUACAGUAAGCACUUGUGCUUUAUGACACGAUAAAGUAAAUGAUCACUUUGAUCACAUUUCUAUGCUGUAAAAUGUCUUAUUAGCAAUACAGAUUAAAUUUUACAUUGCACUGUUAACUCAGGAAAUGAUCAUUUAUGUCCUUGUUAUUACAACAUAGAAUGUUAAAACUUAUUAAGUGAUACAAACAUUGUUGUGUGUAUGUAUGGCAUUGAUGCAGAAUAGAAUAAAAUCAUACUUAAGUUCUUUUUAA